AAGAAAAAAAGUUGCGACUUAUUUGGCAAACUUCCGGCCUCUGCUUAGCACAUUGUUCAUUCAUUUCGUGCGCGUGUUCGCUAUUAACUUAUACAAUGCCUCCUAAGAAAAAGCAAGAAGAAGAGAAACCUGUUCUUAUUGGCCGCGUCGGUACCAAUUUAAAAAUUGGCAUCGUUGGCUUACCAAACGUUGGGAAAUCAACUUUCUUUAACGUUUUAACUAAGAGUCAAGUACAAGCCGAAAAUUACCCAUUCUGCACAAUCGACCCAAGCGAAAGUCGUGUCCCUGUUCCUGAUGUAAGAUACGACCAUUUAGUCGAAAGUUUCAAGCCAGCUAGUAAAGUUCCGGCGUUUUUGAAUGUUGUUGAUAUUGCCGGCUUGGUGAAGGGUGCCUCCGAAGGCCAAGGACUAGGAAAUGCUUUUCUCUCAAAUAUUAAAGGUUGUGAUGCUCUGUUUAGUAUGUCGAGAGUUUUUGAGGACGAAGAAGUAACUCAUGUGGAAGGUGAUGUUAAUCCUGUUAGGGAUCUUGAUAUAAUUAUGGAGGAGCUUAGAUUAAAGGAUGAAGAAUACAUCAAGAAGAGGGUUGACAGUUUAGGAAGAGUAGCUAUAAGAGGAGCUGACAAAUCUAAAAAGGCGGAAUUUGAUUUUUUUGCGAAGGUUGAAAAAUUAGUAUGUGUUGAGAAAAGACCUAUUCGAUUUGGAAGUUGGGAUGCAAAAGAAGUUGAGUUUUUAAACCAGCAUCUUUUCAUUACUGCGAAACCAAUAAUUUACUUGAUCAAUAUGUCGAUAAAAGAUUAUGUACGGAAGAAGAACAAGUGGCUCCCAAAAAUCAAAGAAUGGAUUGACUCUCAUGAUCCUGGAGCAAUGAUUAUUCCCGUAAGUGCAGCGAUGGAGUUGGAAUUGAUGGAUUUGGAUGAAGAAGGCAAGAAAAAGUAUCUAGAGGAGAAGGGAGGGGUUACUUCUCAACUAGAAAAAAUAAUUGUGCAAGGCUAUAAAGCCUUGCAACUAAUGUACUUUUUCACUGCUGGUGAGGAUGAAGUCAAAGCUUGGACGAUUCAAAAGAAUACCAAGGCUCCUCAAGCGGCAGGAAAAAUUCAUACCGAUUUCGAGAAGGGUUUCAUUAUGGCUGAGGUCAUGAAAUUUGAUGACUUCAAGGAAUACAAAACCGAAGUUGGUGUUAAAGCCGCGGGGAAAUAUAAACAAAAGGGAAGAGAUUAUAUCGUAGAAGAUGGUGAUAUCAUCUUUUUUAAAUUUAACGCUGGAUCCGGUUUAACUGAUAAAAAAAAGUAAAUCCCGCAUUGAAUACAUAUGCCAACUAAGUUAAUUAUUGAAUAAAAAUUUUACCAAAAUAUACUGACGUAAAUAGUCAUUAUUAACUAAUUAAUUGUGCCGAUUAGGGACACAACAAAGUUCCACUGAUCCUAUUAUUCCUUUGAGAAUUCGACUAGUCAAGAUUUGAUUAAUUAUCCUUCAAACAAUAUCUCGUUAGCAGGAAAAUAUGAGAGAAAUUGCAGGACCGUCAGAUGGCGUAUUAAGGGCUAAGAAAGAAAUUUCCCUUACUUUCUCUAAAUCAUUCUGACUAGGAAGGAAUCUGUCAAAGACGACGUAUUUUUCAUAGUCUUUCACGGUCUAUGGUCCUCUUUCGUUCUCUUGUCACUUGGUAAACCCUUGUUAAAUAUUUCAAAAGAUAAAUCCGGCGAAAAAAGAUUUAAUUAAAACAAGGAAAACGGGAAAGAUGCAGUCAAUUGUCUUAAAUAAUAAGAUAUUAUCUGGCUGUUUUUAAAAGUUCUAUUAUGAAUUUUCAACCGUGGCCCUUUUAACCAUCUUGGAAAAUAAUUAGUCAUUAAUUACAAUAAAUU